AUGCUCGCCCUGGAGGCCACACAGCUCGAGGGACCACACUUCAGCUGUCUGCAGUACCCAGAUGGCGUCUUCUAUGACCUGGACAGCUGCAAGCACUCCGGCUAUCCUGACUCACAGGGGACUCCAGACUCUGUGUGGGGCUGGACAGAGGCUCCACCUGUCCCCACCACCCCAUAUGAAGCCUUUGAUCCAGCCUCAGCUGCUUUUGGCCACCCCCAGGCUGUUCAGCUCUGCUAUGGACCUGCCACCUACAGCCCAGUGGGGACCCUUGACCCCAGCCUGGAGGCCCCAGGGCCUGGCCUCCCUGCAUAUCCCACAGAGGACUUCACCAGCCAGACUCCAGGCCCCCUGGCAUAUGCUCCGUACCCCAGCCCUGUGCUGUCGGAGGAGGAAGAUUUGUUGCUGGACAGUCCUGCUCUGGAGGUCUCAGACAGCGAGUCAGAUGAGGCCCUCAUGGCUGGCUCAGAGGAGAGGGGAUCCGAGGCAGGGGCGCGCAAGAAGCUGCGGUUGUACCAGUUCCUGUUGGGGCUCCUGACGCGGGACAUGCGCGAGUGCGUGUGGUGGGUGGAGCCCGGCGCCGGCGUCUUCCAGUUCUCCUCGAAGCACAAGGAGCUCCUGGCGCGCCGCUGGGGGCAGCAGAAGGGCAACCGCAAGCGCAUGACCUACCAGAAGCUGGCGCGGGCGCUGCGCAACUACGCCAAGACCGGCGAGAUCCGCAAGGUCAAGCGCAAGCUCACCUAUCAGUUCGACAGCGCGCUGCUGCCGGCCGCCCGCCGCGCCUGAGCCCACCUGAGCCCACCUGAGCCCUCGUGGGGGGAGGGCAGGGGGCUCUCAGGGGCUCUGCAUCCCUCCCCGGGAGCCCAGCUGGGCGUCCCUGCGUCUUAGGUCAUAGGACCCAUGGAUCCUUGUAUUUGGGGGUGGGGGCUGUCACAAUCCCUAAACCCUGCCACUCUAGGAUUCCCCCAGUUGUGUCUCUGGGAUCCUUUGUUAUGUGCAGGGUCCCCAGGAUCCUCAUGCUUUGGGUCACAGGACCCGCAGACUACUCUCCUGUGUGUUGGGGACAUGGCAGUCUUUCUAGAAUCCCAAACUUUGCUCUUGUGGUAUCUGAGGUUCCCUUCCCCCUCCCCAUCCAGGCCAGGCACCUGUCCGAUCACUUGUGUGUCUGCGAAUUCUCCAUCUCAUCUGCCUGGGGUGGGAGGAACCCACAGAUCACCCCACCAGGAGGGGACGCUGCUGCAACCCUAACCUGGGGGAGGGGGAGUAGGCGCGACUCUCUGGGAUUCUCUUCAUGUGAAUUCUUGGCAGAUCUGAGAUCUCCUACGUCUGGGGCCUUCUGGGAACCCUUUGUCUCAGUUCUCUGUGUCCACUCAUGACUCUUGUCACAUCUGUUCCCCUCCCCCCCAGAUCUCUGUCAUCUUUGAGUCCCCUUAUUUUCUGGAACCACUCUUGCCUUUACUCUUUUCUAUGACUGAAAUUCUCCAGUCACAACUAGGGCUCCUUUGGGAUCCUUUUGUCAUAUCUGAAAUGACUCGUCAAGUCUGAGGUGGGGUGAAGUUUCAGUGAAUCUUAGUUUGGGUCCCUUUUGGGUAUCUUUGUCCAAUCUGGAAUGUCUCCGUCACAUCUGAGGCCCCCGGGUCCCUUCAGGGCUCACCAGCAGCUCCAAGUUCUCAGGGGGACCCAGCCAUUUUGAGGCCCCCCAUUUUGGGGGUCAUUCACUGAGGACUGCCACUGCACUGAUUUCUAGGUAACCAUAGCAAAUUCUCCCCCCCCACACACCAUGUCAUUUAUGAUCAAAGGUCUAAAGCUGUCCAUCCCCACCCCCUGCCGGGCACAGUUGGUCCCUCUUGGUGUUUUAAUACACUGAGGUGGAAAAUCUGAAUUAACAGCCGACCUUUCAAACUAAGGAAAUUUUACAUAAUCCAGAUUUCUGACUCCCCCUGAAACUUUGGUUGACCCUGUGACAGUGGGCCAACUUUAGGGUGUGGAGAGCCUGAAGCAGGACAGUGUCUCCACCUCCCAUUGUAAUGGGGAAUUUGUUCUCCAGUCUGUCCCUGUCCCUGCCAUGCCUGGUGUCUCACCCCAGUGCCUUUUCUUCACUGCCUGUUUGGUCCCAAGCACUCGUGUAUCAAUCCGUGUAAAUCCAGCUGGAGCUGAAGCUGGCAUGAACUAUGGGAGCUCUCCGUGGGACCCCAGGAGUCAGAGGUCCAAGGCUUUAAGCCUGGAUGGGUUAGGUGAUCCAGGCCUCAGUUGGAACUCUUGAGAAAGGGGGAGAAGAGGAGGUGGACAUCAAAAAGCCCUUACAGCUCGGUUGAGCCUGGAACACAUCUGAAAACUAGUCUCGUGGGUCGCCAGGGGGAGGAGGAAGGAGCAUCAGGACCCAGAGGGGCGAGAGGUGCGCGUGGGGCUGGUCCUAGGCUGGGGCUUGCCCUCAAGAGAAGGGGAAAAGAGGGAGGAGUGCAAAAUGUCCUCUCCAGGGUCUUCUUCUACACAGAUAUUUUCUGUAAAGCUAUCAUCAUUGCUCUAAAUAUGGAACAAAAUAAAAUAAAACAAGAAAUCAAGGCUACGAAUGUCCU